CUUUGUACAGCAAAUGGGUGGAUAACUCUCUUAAGAUAGUUUCAAUGAUCCCUCAAAUAAUAAUUAGGGUAGUAUAAAUUAACAAGGUGAAACCAAUGAACCAGAUAUUAUUGUAGAAUAGUUCAUUUUAAAUCAAAAUAAGGAAUAAAUGAAAGUGCCAUAACACAAUAGCUAAAUUAAAGUGGUAAGAAUUAAAUAUAUUAUAAAAAGGGUCAAUAAACAACUAGUUAAAUUAAUUUAAACAAUUAAAGCAAGAUAUCUUUGAUUAAUGACUUAAAAUAAGAAAAAUAGUAGAUCGUUAACUAGGAGGUAAAAUAACCAAAAGAGUCUUUAAUUGCCUCCUAAAUUAAAAAAAAUGAAUAAUAAAACUAAUAGAAUAUUUUAUCAAACAAUUAAUCGACAAUAUUUUUAAAAAGGAAUCCAAUAAAAAUAACUGAUAAGGAUUUCUAAAUUGAAAACCAUUUUCCAGAAUGGGUCAAAAAGAUGAUUAAUGAACAUGGUUAUUAUCAAUGUCCAGAAAAAAUUAAUUAAGAAAAUAGCAUAGAAGCCAUUCUCAAAUAUGAAGAUGGAAGUUACUAUAAAGGAUAGAUCUAAGGUUACGAUAGGCAUGGUUAUGGAAUCUAUUUGCAAGAAUCAGAACUUUUCGAAGGAUAUUUUGAAAAAAACAUUAGAAAUGGGUGGGGUAGAGAAUUACAAUAAGAUAUCUUAAAAGUAAUGUAUUGGAUGAUAUUAAGUAAGGAAUUUGGAAAGGUGAUUUAAUUAUCAAUAACCUUGAAAUCAGAAAACAGGAUGAAUACUACUAAGGAUAGAGUCAGUAAGGCUUGCCUCAUGGAAAAGGUAAAUUAGAAACUAAAGAUUAUGACUAUGAAGGCUAUUUCUAAAAAGGUUUAAAAAAUGGCAGAGGAUAUUUAAAGUAUAAGGAUAAUGAAGAUAUAUAUGAUGGUUAAUUUAAAGAUGAUAAAAUGGAGGGGUAUGGGAAGUACUAUUUCAGUAACAAAGUUGUUUACGAGGGUAAUUUCAAAGAGGGUUAAAUCACAGGAAAAGGAGAAAUGAAAUAUCCAAAUAAUAAGUUUUAUAGAGGUAUAGAUUUGAAUUUGAUUUGUGUAGGUGAUUUUCUAAAUGGAAAAAUGCAUGGCUAAGGAAUUCUGUUCAAUAGUUAAGACGACCAACAUGAUGGUUAAUUUAAAGAUGGUCUGAAACAUGGAUAUGGAAAAACAACAAUAAAUGGGAUGCCAAUCACUGGAUUGUGGGAAAAUGGUGAUCUAAAAGAAGAUGAUGCAGAUGAAUAUUGA